UUGUUUUUUUUCUCUUCCUGUCUGUUGUUUUUCGUCCGGCGGGGUAUGUACCGGGUCUUUCCUGUGGGGUUUUUUGAAAAUUAUGAAUGUAGAUGAUCUUCAAUCAUCUUACUUCUUAAUUUCGCCUACCCACUUUAAGAUAUUUUAAAUCUUUGCUCUCUAAAUGCUGUGUCUUGAAAAAGAUACAUAAAUAACUAAAAAAAUCUAAGCUUCACAAUGGACGAAAAACUGAAGAAAAUUUGUCCUAACUGCAGUCAGCUCUACAACUUACGAUCGCUGACUCCUGUGCUCAGGGGAAACAUCCCACUUUUCCUAAAAUGUGGGCAUUCUAUGUGCGAAUCAUGCAUCAGGAAUAUUGUUAAAUUUGCUGAACCCAUAGAGUGCAAAGUAUGCCACAGUGAUAUGGAAGUCAAAUCAUCCGAUGUGGCUUUGUCAUCUUUGAACAAGUCGUUAUUGUACCAAGUAUUCCCAGUAAAUGUAUUUCUGCUGGGAGAACUCACUUUACAAUUCAUGGAGGAUAACAGCCAGACGCAAAAUGGAAAACACGAAGAUUACUACAUUGACUUACAAAAAAUUAUCCAAAGCGUUGACAGCACCAAAGGCCAAUGUUUGGAGUGCCAUAUUCCUACAACAAAAAUGUGCAAACAAUGUGCCACAAUUUUAUGUGAUACAUGUUUUAAUAAAACACACAAAAACUUUGUUGUGUUUAAAAACCACGUCCUGACUAAUAUUGAAGAAGUAAUGGAACCCAACCACUGCAAAGUACACAAAGAUAAACCACUUGACUAUUACUGCAAUGAUUGUUCUAAAUCCAUUUGUAUGGACUGCUUGAUGGUUGGUGGUGAAAAGUCAUGCAAGGACCAUAAUGUGGUGUCUAUGCAGGAAGUAAAUGCAAAAUUCUAUGAAGAUAUAAACCAAAUAUCGCCUAAAGUCGACGAAACUUAUAAGAGACUGACUAAAACAGCUGUUGACAUUGGCAACAUAUUGCACAAUAUGGAAAACGACACAGGUGCUACUUGUGAGCUCACCAAUAUAAUAGCAGAUAUAGAACAACACUUUUCUAAACUAACAUCCAAAAUUCAAAGUCACAAAAAAGAAGUGAUAGAUAUAAUACUUACAUUGAAAUCUGCUGAAAAGGACUCACUACGAAAAGCUAAAAAUGAUGUUUCUAAUGCCUUAAAAAAUGCGAAGAAAGUCUUAAACACUAUUAAUUGCUCGUCAGAUCCUGAAAAGCAGAAACAGAUUAAUCUUUCAGUACUUUUGGAGAGUGCAAAGGAAAUAAUCAAUGCACCAUGGUAUUUGAGCAAAGACGAAAAUAGUAAUGAUCCUCUAAAGGUGGCAGUUAACGAAGACUUGUGUGCUUUGAUAACGGAUUACAUACACCUAGAAGGAAAUGUAAAGUCGGUGUAUAAACUGCAGUCCACUUCGGAACUAGGGGCUGACGUAGAAAUACCACCCGCUCCAACUGCACCGGUGUACCCUCCUGAACUGCCAAAAGAUGUGAGACAGCAAAAGAAAAAGAAGCCUGCUGAAACAGAAGAGAACAGAAGCAAUGCCACCCGAGAUUAUAAACCUGGGUUUUCCAUGAACGCGCCUAAGUAUCGCAGCAAGAGUGGCUCGGUGUCAUCACUCAACUCCUGUGACAGCGAAUCCUCGUACAAAAGCUACAUUACACGAAAUGAGCCAAACAGACCGAUCGUUCAACAUGUUCAGCCAUUUGAAGAAAGCCGUCACCCGAAACCGAUAUAUGAAGGCUCCCAGGAGUUAAUCUACAUCACGCAUAUAGUCGAUCCACACAACUUCUUUGUGCAGCGUUCUUGCCAUCAAAGGCUCGUAAAAGAUAUGAUAAGAGAGUUCCGUAAUGCAAACUCUAUGCCGAAACCGUCUGUCAACCAUAUAACUGAAGGUAAAGUGUACCUCGUAUUCAACAAGGCGGACAAUAUGUGGCAGAGAUGCCGCGUCAUGCGGAUCGAUCGCAAGAAUCAAAGUCAGAUACAAGUGCAAGUGUUUUGCUUCGACUUUGGCAGCAUCGAAUUUGUGGGGAUUGACAAGUUGCGUUUGCUGCCGCCGGCAAGGCUUCAAGAUCCGAGCCCCCUAGCUCUGAACUGCUCACUGGCAAACUGCGUACCUAAAACCGGAAGAUGGACAAGCGACGACUCCAUCCUUAUCCAGAAUAUUAUCGACAAUAAACAAGCGGUCAUGCACGUCCGCCAUAUCCGCUCUAACGAGUGCAUGGUGACGUACGAGUGUGACGUCACGACUUUCGAAGACAGCGUGAGCGUUGCGCACGCGCUGGUGUUUCACGACCGCGCCAAACUGAUCAACCCGAGGCUGCCUUAUCCAUCACCAACGAACAUAAUGGAUAGGCCAAAAAUAUUCAUGAGCAACAAUGACUUCAAACCAAAGUCCAUUGAGGAGGCGUACAUUACACAUAUUGUCAGCCCAGAUAAAUUCUACGUAAGAAAGCGUCAUUUGCAAAGCAUAUACGAGAAGUUAUGUGAAGAUAUGGAUCAAGAGUACAGUCUGGGCGUUAACAACGGCAGUAUUUAUCUACCUGAAAUUGGCAUGGUAUGCGUCGUGAACACCGACAAGUAUCGCGCGGAGCAGCCGGAGCUGUCGUCUUGGGAGCGCGCCAUCGUCAUGGAGCUGCCUGGCCGCGGCCGCGCGCGUCUUCUGCUGCCAGACUGCGGCGCGUCGCUGCUGGCGCACUGGGGCUCGCUGCGCCGCAUCCACCGCCACUUCACCGCGGCCAAGGCGCUCCGCGCUCGUGAUGGAGCUGCCUGGCCGCGGUCGCGCGCGUCUGCUACUUCCAGACUGCGGCGCGUCGCUGCUGGCGCACUGGGGCUCGCUGCGCCGCAUCCACCGCCACUUCACCGCGGCCAAGGCGCUCGUGAGUACCGCCCACUGUGCAGCGUCAAGACACUUCUUGGGAGCGCGCUCGUGAUGGAGCUGCCUGGCCGCGGUCGCGCGCGUCUGCUACUUCCAGACUGCGGCGCGUCGCUGCUGGCGCACUGGGGCUCGCUGCGCCGCAUCCACCGCCACUUCACCGCGGCCAAGGCUCGAGACACCCUUGGGAGCGCGAUCGUCAUGGAGCUGCCUGGCCGCGGCCGCGCGCGUCUGCUGCUGCCAGACUGCGGCGCGUCGCUGCUGGCGCACUGGGGCUCGCUGCGCCGCAUCCACCGCCACUUCACCGCGGCCAAGGCGCUCCGUCGAGACACUCUUGGGAGCGCGUCGCUGCUGGCGCACUGGGGCUCGCUGCGCCGCAUCCACCGCCACUUCACCGCGGCCAAGGCGCUCCGUCGAGACACUCUUGGGAGCGCGUCGCUGCUGGCGCACUGGGGCUCGCUGCGCCGCAUCCACCGCCACUUCACCGCGGCCAAGGCGCUCCGUCGAGACACUCUUGGGAGCGCGUCGCUGCUGGCGCACUGGGGCUCGCUGCGCCGCAUCCACCGCCACUUCACCGCGGCCAAGGCGCUCCGUCGAGACACUCCUUGGGAGCGCGCCAUCGUCAUGGAGCUGCCUGGCCGCGGCCGCGCGCGUCUCCUGCUGCCAGACUGCGGCGCGUCGCUGCUGGCGCACUGGGGCUCGCUGCGCCGCAUCCACCGCCACUUCACCGCGGCCAAGGCGCUCGCCACGGAAUGCUACCUAGCGGGCGUGACUCCUCUCAACAAGAAGUGGAGCACCGGCUCCGUGGCGCUCCUGCGCAAGUACCAAGAGCGCUUGUUGGAGCUACACGUGGACGACACCCGCGCCCGCGCCGUGGGCGUCACGCUAUACGACAAGACUGACGUCGAAGACGUGAUCUGUAUCAACAAUGAGAUGAUCAAGCACAAGUUUGCUGUCACGUUCGGAUUAUUCAAGUUCAACAAAAAUGACGCCCAAGAUCAAGUCAUUACAAACAAGUCUCCUCUUGACCCACCGAAACAAUACCGAAAACCAAAACCUGAAGUGACCAUCCUGAAAAAACAAAGUUCUCCUAAAAAGAAAAUAAAAGAACAAGAUUUGGAAGCAAAAGAUAAGGGUCCGCUCCGGCUGGAAGCCAAACUUCUGCAUUACCAAUCCCCGUCGUUGCUAUACAUCUCGCUGCUCCAUCAGAACAAAUUGUUCCACGAUUUGUAUGAAAAAAUACAAAAGUACUAUACGACGACGAAAACUCAGGGCAAAAGCGAAUGGGCGGUCGGCGACAGAUGCUGCACGAUUUGUGCUCAAUCGCAGACGUGGCGGCGCGCCGUCAUAGUCGAAUUUGAAAAGGACAAUGCGAAGAUAUUUUACUCGGAUUUCGCGUGUAUUGAGAUGGUGCCGACCGCCAGCUUGAAGGAGUUGCCGAAUGAAUUCGCGGCGGUAGGCGACGCCGCUAUCAAGUGCCACCUGUGCGGCGUCAUCCCAGCAGUGGGCGACGAGUGGCCGUCUCUCACGAAGGAGUACCUCAAGGAACUCCUAGAUGCCUACAAGAGAAUAUUCAUCACCAAAUUGGGCUCAUUCAAAAACAAAAGCAUGCCCAUCGAAAUCUGGGUGUAUCACACCACUCAAGGCGGCGCUUUGGAGCCUAAUAAAUCCGAAUGGCGGUGUUUGAACAAGAAAAUCAUCGAACAAGGUUUGGGGAUACCAGAUAAAGUUCAGGAGGUCACUUCUCCUGAGAAUCUAGGCAGUGAUGAUGAAAUGUUAUCAUUUCUAAAUAUAACAGGAUCAGUAAAUGAAUGGCUUCAGUUGGAAUCCAUGCCCAUAAAACCACUUCUAAAAGAUGACAGUGAGUCUGUUAGCGAUACCCCAUCACCAAAUGUACUUGAUGAGGUUACUGAUGAAAUGAAUGAAUUCUUGAAGAAUGCAGACACGGUGUUCAUUUCUGAUUGGCUGCCAGCAGAAAAACUGCCUAACAAAGAGUUCACAGGAAUGCCUACGUACAUAGACAAUGACGGAGUAAUAUACCUCCACGAUGUGUGUCAGCAAGAUACCUUGGAUUUGAUUCGUAAAGCAUUAGACAUCCGUUUCAAGAACCCCGACCCUAGAGCUAAAUUUGUCAAGUGGUCCGUUGGUGAACCUUGCGUCGCAUUAUACUAUCUAGAUAAACGUUUUUACAGAGGACGAAUUCUCGAGGUCUGUGAUGACAUAUCCAGUUGUGUUGUUCAGUAUAUCGAUUAUGGUAAUGAAGAAACUUGUUCUUAUGAGGAUUUACGCAAGAGCAUUGCGCUGUACCAAAUACCUAUACAAGCCCACAAAUGUGUCUUGAGCCGGAUCAAACCAGUGGACGACCACUGGAACAGACAAAUUUUAGACUAUAUUCACAAAUUUAUGGUCGAAAAGAAAUGCCUUAUUAAAGUAUCCGGUGAAACUGACGGCGAUGUGACACCAAUAGAACUGAAAUAUGAUAAGUUGUGGCUAAACGACCACUUGGUGGAAUUUGAAAUGGCUGUGUACACUGACGGUAGUAAGGCUUGUGUAAGAAAGUACGCGCCUCCAACCGUUGAUAAACUCGCUGAAGAAGCAAUCGAAUCUGAUUCUGGCCCUGAUUAUAUUGUUGAGGAAUCGACUGAAACGGGCCCGAUGUCGACAUCGGCAGAUUCCAUCGAUGUGAGAGCUAUGCGAGGGAAAGACUGGAAUAAAUUGCUCGAUGAUGACGACGACGAAGAUGAAAUAGAAGAAAAAUUUACAACAUACCCGAAAUUCGAUAAAACUGAAUUUCUGUGCAACGUUACUAUUAUUAACGAUACCAAAACAAUGGAACUUAAUAUUAUGCACGACGAUGAAACUAAUCUAAUAUAUGAAGAGAUGUUUCGUAAAUUGCAAGAGCAAGGUGAAAAUAUGAGUCCGUUGAACGGCAUAUUUGAAAAUAAAGCUUGCGUUGCUCUGUUCCAUGAAGAUGCCCAGUGGUAUAGGGCGUCCAUCUUACAACACAGUGAAGAGAAAAACCUAAUCAAAGUUCGUUAUGUGGAUUACGGAAAUAUUGAAAUAAUUUCUUUAGCUGAUGCUAGAGAAAUAACAGAUGAUUUUUCUCACCUUCCGCCCGCUUCUAUACAAGUAAAGAUACAUGGUGUUGAACUUAAUCAAGACUUAGAAAUAGAUUUCAUAUCAAAGGAGUUCGCCAAUACAUUUUUAGAAAAAGGCCCUUUCACUGCUAAAGUGAUCAACUACAUUGAUCCAUACCCAAUUGUUGAGCUAAGAAAUGACGCCAAGGAAUUGGUAUACGAAAGCCUUAUCAGUAAAGGCGUUUUUCUAAAGUCUGAUAUUGUUAAUUCAGACGCCUAAGUGUUGUCUCAAAUGUUUUCAAAAUAUUUUUUCUUUUAUAAGUAACUAUGUUAAGUUUGAUUAUAUUAGACGUACGUAGUCAAUACUCGUCUCGUUAUGCGGGUCUUAUUCAAAUAAGCUUAUAUUAAUGGUAUAAACAUUAAAAAAACGAAUCUA